CCAUAUAUAAUAGAUAAAUCUAUACUACAUCCAAAGUAUUUAAAAAACAAAUCAUUCGUUCUGAAAACACCAUGAGUGAUGAACAGGAGUCCAAUGGACCCAAUGUUCGUGGCCUUCAUCUGGGCGGAUCGGUGGGCUGGCACCGGCAUACGAUCUCCCGUGAAGAUACAAUGGCCGGGCUGGCCCUUAAAUACAAUACCAGCAUUGGCUUGAUAUGCCGGGCAAACAGGAUGCAUGGCCGGGAUGUCCUGCAGACGCGUCAUCACAUCUGGCUACCCAUACCGACAUCUCAAUGCCAAAUAUUUCAAAUGCAGGGACCAAUGCAAAUUGGUAGAGAGGAACAACAGGCUCUGUUCAGUCCCAGUCGCAAUUCCAGUCCAUGUCCAAGUUCUCGUCGCCUUUUACGCUUUGAGAACUCCUAUGACUAUUUACCGCAUUUCCAGCGGGAAAGUUCUCCGAAUACGAAUUGCCUGGCCGAUGAAAGUGAUCCCCUGUUGAUCUAGAACUAGAAAUUCCUGGCAUUUCCUCACACUAAAAAUUGAUCUUAAAAGAAGAGGUUUUCUUGUUGCGUUUUUAUGGUUUUUUUUACCUUUCUUUGCUCUCUGACAGAAAUAAA